UCAUACGACACGCACUGUUUGCCGUGGAUUUAUAAUCAAAACUUAUCGAUCGCCGUCACAAUUUUUAAUUUAGAAGGAGUAUAAUAUAAAAAUAGCUCUAUUAACAGCAAAGGUCCGCAAUGGCGAGCGUUGUAACGGAACCUCUAUCUCUUGAAAAAGACGUGAGCCGGGCGAUCGAGCUGCUGGGUGCGCUGCAGCAGAGCGGGGAGCUGCCGGGGGCGAGGCUCGCCGCGCUCCAGCGUGUGCUGCAGAGCGAGUUCUGCACCGCCGUGCGCGAGGUCUACGAACACGUCUACGAGACCGUCGACGUGCACGGCCCGCCAGAGGUCAGGGCGAGCGCCACCGCCAAGGCGACGGUGGCGGCGUUCGCGGCAAGCGAGGGACACUCUCACCCGCGCGUCGUAGAGCUGCCGAAGACAGAGGAAGGUCUCGGCUUCAACAUCAUGGGCGGCAAGGAGCAGAACUCGCCGAUCUACAUCUCACGCAUCAUCCCCGGCGGCGUUGCCGACCGACACGGAGGGCUGAAGCGCGGCGACCAGCUGCUGUCCGUCAACGGAGUCAGUGUGGAGGGGGAGCACCAUGAGAAGGCCGUAGAUCUACUCAAGGCUGCCGAAGGUAGUGCCAAGCUGAUUGUACGAUAUACACCAAAGAUACUUGAAGAGAUGGAGGCACGCUUCAGUCGACAGUUUAACAGACGCAGCAGGCAGACGCCAUAAUAGCAACCGUCCUCGUCAACAGGUGGCAGCACCUGCACAUUAGAUUAGCGAUUCGCCAUUGUGGCGCGUAAGUCCUCUGUUAGGACCUGCAUUUGUUAGGCAUAAGAGAUGUAGUGAUAGUUAUAAUAAUAUUGCAAGUAAGCAGGACACAACAUACUUACAUAUUAGUAAUAUGUAAUGUAAAAGGUUUUCGCACUGUGUGUAUGCGGGGAGUAUGUCACAGUCAUUAUUUGAACUAUAGUUUGCCAUAUGCUACAUCAUUACAUGAAACGAGUGGCUGAUGCCAUUUGUUGACAAUAAUAAUCUAGUUUGGUUGCACCACACUUUUAAUGAUAACGUAUGUUCUUUGGUGUUGUUAAAUGCCGAUUUUUAGCAUUAUGCACUGAAUACGCACUGGGGAAUUCCAAUCUAGAAAGGUAUCUGGCCUUUGUAAUAUGUGGCAAAUAUUGUCUUCCUUUGUUAUCAUGUUAUGUUUAAAGAGUUCAACUUGCUCGACACACUAUGGGCUUUGCAGCGGCAAGGAGUCUGUAUUGUAUAUCAUCACAGACGAUCACAGACACGCAAGUUCUAAGUCUUCGCUUGUUAACUCUGCGGUGUAUUUACUGCUUUGUUUUCGUUGAUGACCCCAACAUCAACAUUCAUUUACGUGUAUCUACUGCGGCAUGUGUGAUUGUAUUGUAGAAGCCAUCACGUGUCUUCUGUAGGACUUGUCAUUCGCACUCACGAAUGCAUCUUGUGAACACUCGGCAGCCAAUUUUUUUUUCGUUCUGUGAGAAUGCGGAGUACCGCUUCUAUUUAUUGUCCAGAGUUUCUAGAUGUUUUUGAGUUAUCACAUUCUUCUGUCUAGUAUUAUUUUGGUACUUGAGGUGGAAUUUAAAUGUGCUUUACUGGUUAAAGAUUUUAAUAGCGUCCGGGUGUAGAAAAAUGUAUUUUAAGUACGAUUAUGGAUAGAUUUAAUAUUAUCAGAAGUAGAUAAUUCC